GUGGGCUACAGAAUGAGCGCAGUUGCUCUCCUCUCACUCUGAGAGGCAACUGCUGUUUUUUCUUUUUCUUUUCUUUUUUUUUUCUUCCUCUCCUGUGGCACACAUCAGAAGGAGUCACUGCAGAUCUGCUUCCUCUUCCUCACGGUACUUUUUUGGACCCCCGCCCCCCCCACUCCUUCCUACUCCUGUGUUAUUAUUUGCCUGGGAAGUACCAUGCCGGUGGUUGGCGUCGCCUCCAAGCUCAGGCAACCCUCCGCGGUGGGCACCAAGCCAGUGCAUACCGCUCUCCCCAUCCCCAGUGCGGUCAGGGCGGCCACCUCGCAGGGCUACAUGGCCCGGCAGCAGGAGCUCAGGGCAGGCGAGGGCGCCCCAGGGCUCUCCUGCCAGCUGUCCAUCAAGUCCGAGUACAAGGAAAGGACACCUGAGGGGAAGUCCAGAGCGGAGACAGAGGAGAGCAAGAUCUGCAAGAUUUACACAGACUGGGCCAAUCACUACCUGGCCAAGUCUGGAUGUCAGCGCCUCAUCAAGGACCUGAGCCAGGACGUCACCGAUGGAGUCCUGCUGGCACAGAUCAUCCAGAUCAUAGCGAAUGAGAAGGUGGAGGAUAUCAAUGGCAGCCCCAGGAGCCAGUCGCAAAUGAUCGAGAAUGUGGACGCCUGCCUCAGUUUCCUGGACGCCAGAGGAGUGAAUGUACAAGGGCUCUCAGCAGAAGAGAUCAGGAAUGGCAACCUAAAGAGCAUCCUGGGCCUCUUCUUCAUCCUGUCGCGCUACAAGCAGCAGCAGCAGCAACAGCAGCAGUACUACCAGUCCUUGGUAGAACUCAGCCAGCAGACCAGCAGCACCACACCGUCCGCCAGCAGCCUCAAGACACAAGAGAUGCAGUCCAGUCUCACAGCAAGAUAUGCAAGUCCUCCGGGCCACAGUGGAAUAGGCUCACCACAGAAGAAAAACACAAGGUUACCAGGACCCUCCAGAGUACCUGCUGCAGGCAGCGGGGCCUCCAGGAGCCCGGGCUCAUCCAACCUCAACCGCCGCAGCCAGAGCUUCAACAGCAUCGACAAGAGCAAGCCUCUUCAGUAUGCCAGCGGCAACGACAGAGAAGCGGUGAGGGGUAUCCCAGUACCUGGUGGGAUGAAUGGGAGUGGUAUUGGUGGGACGGUUCCCACCAGCCUCAGCGGGCAGCAGCUGGCCUCUGCCAUCCCCUCACCCACCGCUGGCAAGUCCUGGCGCAGCAAGUCCAUGAACCUCAAGCACAGCGCCACUUCGUCCAUGCUGGCCAGCCCCACACACUCGCCCUCACCCACCCUUUCACCCCAGGGCUCUGAAAGCCUCCAGCCGCACAGAGGCGACGGGUCAAAAGUAGGGUCAGCUGGCGGUGGAGGAUCCCAGAGGUCCAUGCUGGAGAAGUUCCGCCUGAUCAACCCCAGAUCGGCUUCACGAACGUCUCCGUCUGUGGCAGAGAUGUCUCUGCAGGAGGAGGACGACCUGUCGGAGUACGGUGAGGACGUAUUGACGCCCACGGGGUCGGUGUGCAGCAGCGGCAGUAGCAGCGCUACGGCCAAGCAAAUAUCUACCAAGACCACCUCACCAUCCCUCACGGCAUCGAGCAAGACUUCCUCUUCUUCUUCACCCUCCCCUUCAUUUUCAAAAGCCAACGGCAGCAGAUCCAUGGCCUCAUCCAAAGACAAGGAGGACAAAAGCAGAUCUGGGAAGUCUUCUAAGGACAGCUCUCCACCCAAAGAGGAGCGCGAGUCAUUUGCUGACCCCACCAAGAAGACCUCCAAAAUUGCCAGCCUCAUCCCUAAGGGAGGUAAGCCAGCAUCUGGAAAGAAAGAUGGAGGCUCCUCUGUGUCCAGCGGCAUCCCCAAACCAGGACUUAAAGCUCCUUCCACCUCAACAUCCAAGACGCAGAAUCAGCCGCAGGGCCAAAGCCAGGCCGCCUUAAACAGCAGCGGCAACAUGCGGGGAGGAGACGGCGACAGAGCCAAGCUGACGAAAGGAGGGCAGGGUGGGAGUUUUUACAUCCAGCGCUCCGGUGGAGGCCCAGAGGGCAAAAGGACCAGCAUGACCUCCUCCACCAGCACCUCGGCCCUGUCUGGGUCCAGUGGGAUGCUGGGAGGAGAGGAGGGGGGCGGAGGAGGAGGUGCUCUUGGAGGGAAUGGAGUAGUUCAGCUUCCUCAGCAGCAGCAGCACAACCACCCCAAUACUGCCACUGUGGCCCCCUUCAUGUACAGGACUUUCUCAGAGAACGACUGCACCAUGGUGGCCCCAGCAGACCCCUGCCUCAGCCCCACCAAGGGUGAGCUGGUCUACAGCAAGACAGCCAAACAGUGCCUGGAGGAGAUAUCAGGAGAGGAUCCUGAGACAAGACGCAUGAGGACGGUGAAGAACAUCGCUGACCUGCGGCAGAACCUGGAAGAAACCAUGUCCAGUCUACGGGGGACGCAGAUCAGCCACAGUACACUAGAAACAACCUUCGACACCACAGUAACCACUGAGGUCAAUGGGCGGAGUCUACCAGCCCUCACCGCACGCUCCUCCCCCAUGGCCUGGCGUCUGGGCCAAUCACAAACCCCGCGUCUCCAGGCAGGCGACGCCCCCUCAAUGCCCAGCAGCUACCCCGCGCCCAGGUCGAGCACGACGAGCGCUGGCACCACCACGGGGCGCUACAGCGGCCACGCCGACCCCUCCAGGUUUGUGUACAGCGGCCCCCUGAGGCGAUCGGCGGCGGCAGCAGGUGCAAGGGGGGCGGAGCAGGGGGAGAAGGGAGGAGGAGGGCUGGAAGGAGGGAAGCAGAUGGAGAUGGCAGGGUACAUGAGUGAUGGGGACAUCCUAGGGAGGAACGGACGGAUGGAUGAGAUCACCAGCGGAUACCUUACAGACGGCGGCCUCCAUCUGUAUGCACGGAACGCAGGCCGAGCCUCAGACGCAGCUUCUUCUCGAGAUGCAUCCCAGAGAGGCAGCAAAGAGAUACAGGGCGACAUAGACAGUUGGGACGACAGCAGCUCGGUGAGCAGCGGCCUGAGCGACACAUUGGACAACAUCAGUACUGACGAUCUGAACACACCCGCCUACUCCGCUGUCAGCUCGUCACGCAAAAGCAAGGGAGCACAGUCCCAGAAAGGCAGCAGGUCCAAGCAUGCAGAGCAGGAGGUGAGCAGCAGCUGGGCCGGAGCCGAGGACCUGAAGAAGGUGGAGGAGGAGCUGGACGCAAGCAUGGACCCCAGCAGCGGCUCCUCCCGCUGGAAGCCUUCAUCGUCCUCCUCUUCCUCUCAAACCCAGAGUCAGUACGAAGACGCCGGUCAGAAGGCGGCCGCGCUGGCCCAGAUGUCCCAGACGGGCUCGUGGAGGAGGGGCAUGACGGCCCAGGUGGGCAUCACGCCACCCAGGACCAAGGGUACGUCUGCCGCCCACAAAACACCAGGCAAAACUGAUGACGCGAAGGCCUCGGAGAAGGGCAAGGCGCCUUCCAAGAGUUCAGCUGCCAUCCAGCGCUCGCCCUCAGACGCUGGGAAGAGCAGUGGGGACGAAGGUAAGAAACCUCCUUCUGGCAUUGGACGCCCACCCACCACUGCUACUUUUGGAUAUAAGAAGAUCCCGGGUCCCAGCGGUACCCUAAUCACCUCCAGUGGCGCAACGCUCGCCAGCGGCUCAGCCACCCUGGGCAAGGCGCCCAAAUCCUCAGCCGCCCUCGGCAAAGGCACAGGCAUCGGUGGUGUGCGUAAGACCAGCUUGGAUGGCUCACAGCCCCAGGACGACGGCAUCCUGCUCAGCUGCAGCGGCUCCAAAGUGACCCUGCAGUACCGCUCUCUACCCAGACCGGCCAAAUCCUCCAGCGGGGUGGCAGCAGGGCGCAGCGGGCACCGCUCCAGCUCCAGCAGCAUCGACUCAAACGUUAGCGGCAAAUCGGCCGGAGGGGCCGCAACACAAGCAGGUGCCAAACGCAGGGACGGAAAAGUGGGCUCAGACCGCUCCAGUCCCAUCACCAUCAACCAGACGGACAAGGAGAAAGUGGCGGUGUCAGACCAGGACACCACAGCGGGACUGUCCACCUCCCCCAAGUCCAGCCCCACCUCCACUUCAGCAGGCCAGUCAGGCCUCAGGCAGCCCGGAUCCAAGUACCCCGAUAUCGCUUCUCCUACGUUCCGCAGAUUGUUUGGCACCAAAGCCAGCAGCAAGGCCAGCUCUCCGGGCACUCCCGACUCUGGCAAGUGCCCCUCAAUACUGGGCAGCCCCCACGGCACGCUGGCCAGGCAGGCCAGUCUGGACUCACCCUCCUCUGGCACGGGGAGCCUGGGCAGCGCUGGCGGCCUGAGCGGUGGCAGCAGCCCGCUGUACGGUAAAACCCCAGACCUGUGCACCGACUCCCCGGCCUCCAGCCCAGCCUCUGGCCUCUCCCUGCCCUCCAACGCUCGGCCCUGGCCUGCCUGUAGCUCGUCAGCUGGCAGCAAGGACACACUGAGCUGCCAAAGCAUGACCAGUCUGCACACCAGCUCUGAGUCCAUUGAUCUGCCGCUGGGCCACCACGGGCCCAAGGUUACACGAACCGGCAGUGUCAAGUCCACCCUGUCUGAGGGCAUGCCUCUUGACAGAAACACGCUUCCCAAAAAGGGACUGAGGUACCCUCCAUCGUCCCGGCAGACGUCCCACGAGGAAGGGAAGGAGUGGUUGAGGUCCCAUUCAACAGGAGGCCUUCAGGACACAGGCAGCCAAUCCCCAUUGUCUCCUCCUGGAGCUUCCUGCACCACCACUGGAAAAUACCACUACUCCAACCUGCUGAGCCCCACUAACAUCAGCCAGUAUAACCUGCCACCAGGCAGCAGCAGCAUGAGCCGCUCCAAUAGCAUCCCUGCCCAGGACUCCUUUGACCUGUACGGAGAGGGUCACCCACUGGGUGGCAGCGCCACCUCCCUUGAGGACCGUCCACGGGCCAUCAGCCGCUCCGGCUCCUUCAGGGACAGCACCGACGAAGUCCACGGCUCUUCACUGUCUCUUGUCUCCAGCACGUCUUCACUGUACUCUGCGACGGAGGAGAAAGCACACUCAGAGCAAAUCAGAAAGCUGCGUCGGGAGCUGGACGCCUCUCAGGAGAAGGUGGCGACCCUGACGUCUCAGCUGUCUGCCAAUGCUCACCUGGUGGCGGCCUUCGAGAAGAGUCUGAGUAACAUGACCUGCCGCCUGCAGAGCCUCACCAUGACGGCUGAACAAAAGGAGUCUGAGCUGGUUGAGUUGAGGGAGACUAUAGAGACGCUGAAGACUCAGAACACUGACGCCCAGACUGCCAUCCAGGUGGCGCUCAACGGCCCUGACCACCUGCACAAAGACCUGCGGAUAAGACGGCAGCAUUCGUCAGAAAGCAUGUCCAGUAUUAACAGCGCAGCUAGUCAUUCCAGCAUGGGCAGUCUGGGCAAGGACGCCGAAGACAAAAAGAAGAAGAAGAAGAGCUGGGUGGCUGAUUCCAUCCCGGCUCAGUUACGCAGCUCCUUCAAGCAGGCAUUCAGCAAGAAGAAAACCAAAUCCCAGUCGGCUCAUGACGAGAUGGAGGAAAUGACCGACUCGCUUCCCUCCUCGCCAAAACUGCAGCAUGACAACAGGCAAGGCAGCAUCGCCACACUGCAUUCUUCACCAUCUACCACAGAGCUGUGCGAAUGUACCGAAGCCGAGGCGGAAGUCAUCCUCCAGCUAAAGAACGAGCUGAGGGAGAAAGAGCUCAAGUUGACAGACAUCCGCUUGGAGGCGCUUAGCUCCGCUCACCACUUGGACCAGAUCCGGGAGGCCAUGAACCGCAUGCAGAAUGAGAUCGAGACGCUGAAAGCAGAGAACGAUCGUCUCAAGUCCAGUGGAAACGCCACGCCAACCGCCACGCCCGUCAAGACAGCGCGGCCGCCCUCCGAGACCUCCAGCACAUCCUCCUCCUCCUCCCGUCAGUCCUUGGGGCUGUCGCUUAACAACCUCAACAUCACUGACACCAUCAUGUCAGAUAUUCUGCUAGAUGACAGCUUCGAGGGCAAUCUACGCAAAGAGGGCCGGAGUGUGCGAAUAGUGGUCACCAUCAGCAGUGGGCCAUAUACCACCAAGGGUACACAAAGCCACGCGUACCUGAUUGGCUCUAUAGGUGUGAGUGGGAAAACCAAGUGGGACGUCCUGGAUGGGGUCAUUCGACGCCUCUUCAAGGAAUAUGUGUUCCGGGUGGACCCUCUGACCAGCCUGGGCCUCAGCUCAGACAGCAUCGUCUGCUACAGGAUGGGCGAGGUGGUUCGCUCCCACACCUCCGAAGUGCCUGAGCUGCUGCCCUGCGGCUACCUGGUGGGCGACAACAACGUCAUCAAAGUCAACCUCAAAGGUGUGAAGGAGAACAGUAUAGACAGCCUGGUGUUUGACACGCUGAUCCCAAAGCCCAUCAUCCAGCGGUACCUCAACCUGUUAAUGGAGCAUCGUCGAAUCAUCCUCUCAGGACCCAGCGGAACCGGUAAAUCCUUCCUGGCCGCCAAGCUGGCCGAGUACAUCAUGUCCCAGAUGGGGCAGAAGGUGACCGAGCACAACGUGGCCAGCUUCAACGUGGACCAGAAUUCCAGCAAGGACCUGCGUCAGUACCUCUCCAACCUGGCAGAGCAGUGUAACUCUGAGGAGACAGACACAGAGCUCCCCACUGUGGUGAUCCUGGACAACCUCCACCAUAUCGGCUCCCUCAGCGACAUAUUCAACGGCUUCCUCAACUGCAAGUACCACAAAUGCCCUUAUGUUAUUGGGACCAUGAACCAGGGAGUUUCCUCUUCUCCUAACCUUGAGCUCCACCACAACUUCAGGUGGGUGCUGUGCACCAACCACACAGAGCCGGUCAAAGGUUUCCUGGGCCGCUUCCUGCGGCGGAAGCUAAUAGAGACGGAGAUCGAUAAGAACAUGCGCAGCAAUGACCUGAUUAAGAUCAUCGACUGGAUCCCCAAGACCUGGCAUCACCUCAACGGCUUCCUGGAGGCACACAGCUCCUCUGAUGUCACCAUAGGCCCCCGGCUGUUCUUGUCCUGUCCUAUGGAUGUAGAAGGCUCUCGGGUUUGGUUCACUGACCUGUGGAACUACUCCCUGGUGCCCUACCUGCUGGAGGCUGUCAGGGAAGGGCUUCAGCUGUACGGCAAAAGAGCAGCGUGGGAGGAUCCGUCCAAGUGGGUGAACGACACGUAUCCAUGGAACGCCGCCUCGCUGCAGCAGGAGGGUCAGUCACUGCUCCAGCUGAGGCCGGAGGACGUGGGAUACGACGGAUACAGCUCAUCCAAGGAGGGAGCCUCGUCCAAGCAGGUGUCUCAGAGCGACACUGAGGGAGACCCUCUGAUGAACAUGCUGCUGCGGCUGCAGGAGGCAGCUAACUACUCCAGCACGCAGAGCUGCGACAGCGACAGCACCAGUCACCAUGACGACCAGCUGGACUCCUCGCUGGAGUCGGCGCUAUGAGACCCACAGUCGCCCCAGGAGACGCCAGACCCCCUCUAACUUGGGAACCUUGGGAACCUUCUGAACCUCCGUCACUAGCAGACACCUCUGUAAUGCACAGAUGUAUGAUGUAUGAAAAGUUUUAUUAUCCAAAAUGGUAUACACGCCAUUUGAAAGAAAACACAUUUUUACAUCACAAUGGUGCAAUAUUAAAUCAAAUGAUAGUAUAAAAGUUUUAAAGAGGAGUAGCCAACUUGGUCCUCAAAAUCAUUCAAGUUGGAUCCAUAUAUAUUUUAAUCACAUCCAGUAGUAAGCCAGUCAGCUAGUCAUUUUUAAUGGAUGUAUAACAUUUAAAAAAUACAACUUUUCAUAUGUGUAUGCAGACAAGGUGCAGUAGUUCCUUUUGAAGUCAACUUCUAAGGAGGAAAUCACAUUCGUGCUCAGCCAUGAUGAGCCACAGAUCACCCCAUUACUUUAUCUUUGGGUGUCUGUCUCCAAAGUGUCAGAAAAAAAGAGAAAACCAAGAGUUUCAACUGGAUUUUUCUUUUUUCUUUUCUUUUCUUUUUUUUAAUCCCAGAUAUAUCUUCAGAUGUUUACAAUGGGGGGUGGGGGUGGGCAGGUUCUGUUGUUUAUGUCUUUCCUUGUUUACAGAGGUGCUUCUCACACAGACACACACAUAUACACUCAUGCACUUACACGCAGGCAGCAGGAGGACACUGUCCUUUAAUCAGAGGCUUUGAUUGGUUCAAGCCCCCAUGUGACCAACAAUCCAGCCUGCCAACGUGUCCUUUAGCAAGGCACUGUUUAUACCAACCAGGGACCAUCUCAUCUCUGACCCCACCUGCUGAGGGAGUCAAGUAAGGGGAGGAAGCUGUUGGGUGUUUGAAGGUGAUGUAAUGCCCUCUGGUGGCCACAAUGGAGACUCUCAGAUUCUCAGUAAUGUCUGACAUCGUCAACAACCAGCUGUUUAACCUGAGUGAGUUGUUGAGCGUGCUCAUUGUUUACCACUAAAUCACCUUAUUUAGAUGUCUUUACCUUUUCUGAACAUAAUUCUGCACCUUCACGAUGGUACCAGAAGUGGUUAAUUUGAGACAUUUGCAAAAGCCCUGCAGCCCAACUUGGAUCACAAGCAUUCGUUUUUCAUACCAUAUGAACACGCAAACAUAUGGCACUUAACCCUCGUGCUCAGUCGUCGGUUGAGCCUCAUGGUGCUGGUCUCCUGCCCUGAGCCUCCUCAGUGUCAGGCACUGCCAAAGCCGCCCCUCGCUGCCCUGCAUGCCAACAACAAGCACAAUGAAAGCGCAUUGUCUGUGUGGCACCCAGCCACAUUGCUACUGUGAAGAAAAAAAAAUGGACAAGUGCCAAUGUUUCCCUUUGAUUUACUGCCAAACGUGCACACACACGCUACCAUAAACACACACAGAGACUUAACAUCACAAUGCACAGCUGACCACAGUUGUAAACUUAGAUUAAGUUGUUCUUGGCCUUCCACGCUCCACAGUCUGUUGUCAAUCCAUAGCAUACAAUGCACCAUGAGAACAGGCUCACAGAACUGUUUUCAUUGGCCGUUUGCUAAGCCCCACCCUCGAACAGCGACUGUCCAAUCAUUAGGAAGCGACUGGCAACUCGUUCAAGCUUUCUUUACAUGUUAACAUGGUGUGUAUGGAUGUCUAGUGGUAGUCUAUACUGCAAAUGUUGACUAGCUCACUAGCUGCAGUAGUAGCUGAGUUUAAGCUGCUCUUUAUGGAGUUUGGGGAAGUUUACACUGCAGCAGCCAAUAUUCAUCUGAGGUUGCGUUAGCCUCGUCUGACUAAUCAGCAUAAGCUGCUCCCUCACCGUUGCUGCAUUUUGGGUUUACCUCCAACCAAGAAUAUUAUGAUUGGUUUAAAGAAAUACAAAAUAGCCCUGUAGACCAAUUAUAUAUAAACAAACAUUAACAAUGAGGCAUGCCGGUUGCAAAAAAGGACCGUCAAUAAGAAAACUGUGAUCAAAACAAAAAAAAUAUUUAGCAAGAAAAGACUAUUUUCUCACUGACUUUAUUGACUUUUCUUUAAAUGUAUACAAUAAUAAUGUAAUGUAUAUGUAUAAAAAUUACUUUUAUUAGUACUGGUUUUGGUUUUGGCAGCCGACCGAACAACAGGACAUGUUGAAAACAGAUUACAACUCUUCCUGGGAUUAAAGCUUUGCUGUGUAUUUAAACCUACCUCUGAUUCUUUUUAUACAUGUACAUUACAUUAUUAUUUUAUACAUUUCUUAAUACUUGCUUAUCCCCGAGUGACAAGUUGUUAUAAUACUGAGACAGCGUUUCAACAGCAAAAUAAAAAAAUAUUUAGUCUUUUUUUGCAUGCUACUUUUCUUAGCGAUGACAGUGUUCUUAUUGGCAGCCUAGUUUUUUGGGAAACUGGCAUGCGUGGCAUUGUUAAUGUAUGUUUACAAACAAUUGGACUAUAGCAUAUAGAAUGAUAAUUCUGCUAAUUGUUUUGGAGCACGAAUGGAAAAGCUUGACACGUGUAGCGACAGUUGCAAAGGGGGGCGGGUCUUACCAAACUGUCGACUUGCUGAAUUCUUACAUUAGUCGACAUUAGUGUUACCCUGCAUGGAGAAACAAGCAGCCUGGGUUUGCUGCAAUAAUGACAUUCAGAAAGUAACAAAAGAGCAGUAACCUUAAAUAAUGUCAUGGCCUUCACUCAAACGGAUAUGAAUCAGAGCUGAUCAAUCAACAAAGGAUCAGUAGUAUUGAUUUGAAUGAUGUAAGCUGACAGUGUCCUGCUGGGAACUUUAUGGCACUCAUUGAUGUUCAGCAUCUGCGUCCAUGAGGUACCAAAAAAGAAUCCAAAGUAUUUUGAAAUGCAAGUUAACCAGAUCGGCCGAAGAGCUGAAUACGGGAACAAUGAUAUGAUAUAUUGGUGCUUUCUCACUGCCUUAAAUGUGCAAAAGUCUGGGAGGCAUCCUCUGCUCCCAAGUGAGAAGAAGAGAUGUUAGUGUCGGACGAUGAUGAUCUGCUUCCUGCUACAUCAGAGAAGCUGCUUGUAGUCAGAAAAGCAGCCUCUCUUGUCUCCUUUUUGCUCCCUCCUCCUCCAAACCGCCCUUUCUUGUUUCUGACAGUUAAAAGUAUAACAGAGCUGAUGCUGUAUUUGAAUUUAAAACUGACCAAUAUUGUAAAAACAUUUAAAAAAGGGGUGGGGUAUUUUUUAGUUGUUUUUUGGCCCAGUUGAGCUGGGCUCACUUGAACUGACAGGAGCACAACCAAACUGUUUUGGGUUUUCUAUCCUGACGAGCAUGUUUUAAAGCUUUUUAAAGAGGAUGCAUCGAGAAGAGACCUUUACCGUUAUGUAUGCGUGUAUUGGACGGAAGCCAUUUUGAAUUUUGAUUGUCCUCUCUUUGUUUAACGAGUGGGUUGGUUUUGCACACUUUGAGGUCGGGGUGGGUUGUAAAUACUUAAGUCUUGCACAGUGAAUCAAAGAUGCAUUCUGCCCUGUUGAUGUUACAAUAUGCUUAACCCGCUGAGUAAAUUAUUGUACUUUGAAAACAGAGAGAAAAAAAAAGAAAUGCAAAAACUCAACACGCUGUCAGAAACAGGUGUGUGUCUUGUGGUGAUUGGAUGUUUUGCCUAUGCAGGAGGCAUACGGUGUACAGUAAGAAACAGUUUUUAAUUCACUAAAAUCACAGACCGAGAACAAAAAAAUAGGCACUUUUCCAGUAUGCCCCCCUCCUGCCAUAAUAUUCUCUGGAUCCUCUCCGUCUUUAGGAAUGCCUGUUGUUCCUUAGAUGCACUUCCUCUCUGAACAUUUUCACCCAGGCUUACCGCCACGUAAGGCUUGCCCGAGGCACCGAAGCUGACCUGACACCGUACUGUAUACAUUUACCAACAACCAACAGGUGCUACUGGUCAGUCAAAGCCCACCAGAGACCAAGAAGUCAUGUUGUCACAACCUCAGGACAAUCCUAUCCUCUACAAUCCUACCUGUGUUCAGCUUCACACGUGUCUCUGCAGCCAAGCCUCUGAUGGUUCGCACAUAUAUCUGGCCAACGUGUCCAGCCUUGUGUCUGCCAGGCUGUGUAGUUGCAUGAUAAGGGUUGCUCCUUACCUACAGUUACACCCAUGUUUUACCACAAUUCACCCCCUAUUCCGCUACUCAACACUCCUGUUGUAGGCCAUGAGUUCCCGAGCUAGCAGAACUUUUGACACCGUUCACAGUGUACACACCAUAGUGUUGAUGAUCAGCUGGUCAUUUUUCCCCCACUUUACACUUUGCAGUUACAUCUCAGUUGAAAACCAUAGCAUUUACUCUGGUUUGAGAGAAAGUUUUCUUCUUUUUGGGUGAAACAUUUGUCCUUAAAUGUUUUAUAUUUUGUACAUUUGUAUGUAACAUAUCAUGUAAAUAGACAGAGACAGUGAUUUAACUCAUCUGGAGGAUUUUGUAGUCUUUGUAAAGCCCUAAUAAAUGGUAUUUGGUGUCACACGAGCAAACAA